AUGGCCGAAGUCGCUGCAUCCCCGGUGGACGCUAGCACGAUGUCAUUGAGCACCGAUGCACCAGAGUCGGUGUGGAAGCACCCGGUCUACGGUCCCACCGACAAGUACACACCCGGCAUAGCCCCCAUCAAGGCCGAAUACAUCCUGCCCAAGCCUAGCAGCUCCUCGACCCCCUCCGCUGCCACCCCCACCAAGGAGGUCGACGACGAUGCGGCCGAGCGCUCCACCAAUCCUGCCACCACCCAUAUUGCCACUGCCAACGGUGAGCCUCCCAAGAAGCUCAAAGGCGCAGCCCGAAAGCGUGCACGCCGGGAAGAAGCUGCUGCCGCGUACGCCGCUCAGAAAGCCUCCAAGAAGUCGAAAGCGCACGACGACGACGGCAAGAAGGGCGGACAGAACAAAGGUCGUCAGUUCAACUCGCUCAAGGAUGGCAAGGGACAUUGCCACGGGUUCCUAUCGCGGGGCGAAGAGGGUUGCAAGUUCGCCAAGACCGGAGGCUGCAGGUUCAGCCACGAUCUGGUCCAGUAUCUGCAGAACAAGGAUCGCGAUCUGUUCCUGCCGGCGGUGAAGCAUGCCGAGUUGGAGGCGAUGACGAAGGAGCAGAAGGAGACGUGGUUGGAGGAGCGAUAUUCGCUCACGCUGCUGCCCGCUGUCGGUGGCGAUGAUGGGGAAGGGGAGAAGUUGGAGACGUUUGUUCGGGCCAGCUCAUCCAGCGCGGCAUCAGCAUUGGGGGAGGUUCAAGCAUCGAAGGAUCCAGCACACGCCAGUCUGGAUCUUACGACCUCGUGCCCCAUCUUUGCCAUCAAGGGCUUCUGCACAAUGGGCUGGAAGUGUCGCUUCCUCGGAUCUCACGUGCGCAUCGUCGGCCCUUCUUCACUCGCCGACAAAGACAACGCCACUGGAUUCUACGGCUCGGGACUGGAGCUGAUCACAGACGAAGUCAAGGUGGCAGCGUGGAGGAAUCGAUCUCGCGCCUUCAUCUUGCCUCCGGCGGCAGGCGAACCCUCGCAAGGAGAAGACAACAUCAACCAAGACGAGAUCAACUUUGGCACCAGUGCAGGGAUGAAGUCGAUGCGAGUCCGAAAGUACCCUUUACCCAAGACCAAGGCGGUGCUCAAGUUCCUCGAGCAGGAAGUCAAGGAGCUGGCCAAGAUCGAUCCGCACGGAGCCAUGUCUGGCAAGGGUCCCAUCCCGGUGCAAGUGAUCGACGAAGCUGUUGCGGCGCAAUCUUCCGGCGCUGCACCCACUGCCACAACCGCCGUCCCCAGCGCAGGAAGUGAUGAUCUGGAAGAAAUGGAAAAUGCCAUGCGCAACAGUGCCGCCGCUGCUACCGCCGCACGAGCCGCUGAAGCGUCCACCACGACCAGCCCCAUCGAUCUCGCCCGCAUCCGACCCUCGGAAAAGCGUCGUCUCAACUGGAAAGGCGAACUCUACCUAGCACCGCUCACCACCACCGGCAACCUGCCCUUCCGACGCAUCUGCACCUCGUUCGGUUCCGACAUCCACUGCGGCGAGAUGGGGCUUGCCGAAUCGUUCCUGCACGGCAAUGCGUCGGAAUGGUCUCUCGUGCGUCGACACGAAUCGGAGCGAAUCUUUGGCACCCAGCUCUGCGGUGGCAAGCCCGAUCUGCUAGUUCCCGUCGCCGAGGCGCUCAAAGCCGAGAUCGGGGAUGGGUUGGACUUUGUCGACAUCAACUGUGGAUGUCCGAUCGAUCUCGUGUACAACAAGGGUGCCGGGUCGGCGUUGUUGGAUCAUCCGGCCAAGUUGUCCAAGAUCGUACGUGGCAUGAACGCCGUACUUGGGGAUACGCCGUUGACGAUCAAGCUUCGAACGGGGACGUCGGCGAAGCAGACGACACAUCGGAUCUUUGCACGGGCGCAAACCGAAUGGGGGGCCUCCGCAGCCACCCUCCACGGCCGUUCGCGCAAACAACGCUACAAAAACGAUGCGGAUUGGGGCUACAUCGCCACCUGCGCGGAUACGUUGCGAACCAGCGUGAGGGAGUGGAACGAAGAAUCCCGUCACGCGGACGAGGCCGAGAUGGUCCCCAUCCCCGUGUAUGGCAAUGGCGACGUCUAUUCGUGGCAGGACUACUACGAGCGGUUGGAACGAACACGCGUGGAUGGCGAAAUGAUCGCCCGUGGCGCGCUGAUCAAACCUUGGCUGUUUACAGAGAUCAAGGAGCGACGCGAUUGGGACAUCUCUUCGCGCGAGAGAUUGGACAUCUUCCGCACCUUUGCCGAGUACGGUCUGUCUCAUUGGGGGAGUGACACGCAUGGCGUCAACACGACGAGGAGGUUCAUGUGCGAGAUGAUGAGUUUUACGCACCGGUACGUUCCAACGGGAUUGUUGGAGUUUUUGCCCGCCAGGCUGAAUGAUAGGCCACCGCUGUUCAGGGGCAGGGACGAACUGGAGACCUUGCUGGCGAGCGGGAAGGGCGAGGAUUGGGUCAAGGUGAGCGAGAUGUUUCUGGGCAAGGCGCCGGAGGAGUGGAGUUUCACGCCCAAGCAUAAGAGCAGCAGUUAUGCCGCGGAGGGGGAUGCGGGGGGCGAGCAGCAGGGGUGA